AGCGACACCUUUCUGUGCCCUCUCGUGUGCAGUAGUGUGUAACCUCACGGUAUGUGAAGAUGUUUUCUGCUGUUGUUCGUGUUUCAGCAGCCGGUGUCAGAGGUUUAGCACGGGCACGUCCUCAUUAUACAGCCCCCUUGGCCUCCAGGUGCUACUCCCAUGCCAAAGCAGAGACAGACGAAGAGUUUGAUGCUCGCUGGGUGACAUACUUUAGCAAGCCCGACAUUGAUGCAUGGGAACUUAGAAAAGGUGUGAACACACUGAUCGGCUAUGACUUGGUCCCUGAGCCUAAGAUCCUGGACUCUGCUCUGAGAGCCUGCAGAAGGCUUGAUGACCUGGCCAGUGCAAUCCGCAUUCUAGAAGCUGUUAAGGACAAAACAGGGCCACACAAAGAGAUCUAUCCAUAUGUGAUUCAGGAGCUUCGCCCAACCCUUGCAGAGCUGGGCAUCUCCACACCUGAGGAACUGGGUAUCGAUAGGGCAUAAACUCCUGCAUUCAGAAUGAGUUUUCCAAUGCGUAUGAUGAGGUUGUUCACUAAACCUAAGAUUUCUGCCUCGUUCUUUUCUAUCCAAUGUCCAUAAAGUAUUGUUAUGUACCCUAUUAUUGGACUAAUAAAAGGAGCAAUACAUAUAACAAA